CAGGCAGAGGGAGGCUCAACGAUUAAGCAAAGGCAAUAGACAGGGACUCACCAACCAUUAACCACUUCCACGCUUCCUUCAACUCUUGAGUCUUGCCUUCUCUUCUUCUCACUCCACUUUUACCUUCAUCACUAAUCAUUACCAGCGCGCUCUUUCUCCUCACAACUCACGAGCGCCAUGGAUUCCUCUUCCAUCUAUGCUGUCUCGCUCUUCCUCCUGCUCCUUCUCCCGCUCCACUCCGCAUUCCCCCACAACUCCUCCGCCUCUGCCCAGAUCAACUCCAACUCCAUCCUCGUCGCGCUCCUCGAUUCGCGCUACACCGAGCUCGCCGAACUCGUCGAGAAAGCGCUCCUCCUCCAGACUCUCGAACAAGCCGUCGGCCACCACAACAUCACCAUCUUCGCGCCUAGAAACCAAGCCCUCGAGCGCCACCUCGACCCCGAAUUCAAACGCUUCCUCCUCGAGCCUCGCAACCUCAAGUCCCUCCAGACGCUCUUAAUGUCACACAUUCUGCCCACGCGAAUCGCCUCGCACCACUGGCCCGCCGCCGACCUCCACCACCAGACGCUCUCCGACCACCGCCUGCAUUUGACCACCAAACCCUCCGGCCAUAAAACCGUCGACUCCGCCGAGAUCCUCCGCGCCGACGACGUCCUCCGCCCCGACGGCGUCAUCCACGGCAUCGAGCGCCUCAUCGUCCCCCGAUCCGUGCAGGAGGAUUUCAACCGCCGCAGAAACCUCGCCGCCAUCUCCGCGGUGCUUCCGGAGGGAGCACCGGAGGUCGAUCCCCGCACUCACCGCUUGAAAAAACCCGCGCCGGUACCUGCUGGAGCGCCGCCGGUUCUCCCGAUCUACGACGCCCUAGCUCCGGGACCGUCGAUCGCACCGGCGCCGGCGCCGGGACCGGGAGGAGCGCGGCACCACUUCAACGGCGAGCGGCAGGUGAAGGACUUCAUACACACGCUCCUGCAUUACGGAGGAUACAAUGAAAUGGCGGAUAUUCUGGUGAACCUGACCUCGCUGGCCACCGAAAUGGGAAGAUUGGUUUCGGAGGGUUACGUUCUAACCGUUUUGGCUCCAAACGACGAAGCGAUGGCGAAGUUAACGACGGAUCAGUUGAGCGAACCGGGCGCACCGGAGCAGAUUAUGUACUUUCACAUUAUUCCCGAGUACCAGACGGAAGAGAGUAUGUACAAUGCGGUUAGGAGGUUCGGUAAGGUUCGCUACGAUACGCUGCGGUUACCGCACAAGGUUCUGGCGCAGGAGUCUGACGGCUCCGUUAAAUUCGGUCACGGCGAUUCCUCCGCCUACCUCUUUGAUCCUGAUAUUUACACCGAUGGGAGAAUCUCCGUCCAGGGGAUUGACGGCGUUCUUUUCCCUCCUGAGGAGGAGGAAGAACGCACCCGCCGCACCACUCCACUUGUUAAGGUCGCCGCCAAACCAAGGAGAGGGAAGUUGCUGGAAGCCGCCUGUAGCAUGUUUGGAGCUUUUGGACAAGUCUGCCAAUGAAAUCGCUUUCCCAACUAAUCACAAAAAUAAUAAAGAGUGAAUGUAUGUAAACUCGAUCCAUGUUGUAGAGUAAUCAUUUGAAUACAAAAGAUGCAUCGUGAAUCUAUAAUCGGAGAGCGAUUACACAGAACACAACAAAUUUUCUGUCAUUUUGCUUCAUACUGUAAUUACAUACUACCAUUUUUUUAUUAAAUUUUAUUUUAUGUUGAUUCUCCGUCUCUAUGCGUAAAUAACCACCGACGCCCCUUCUUGGUUGCCCCUUUUUUUUUGUUUUGUUAUAUUUUUUUUAUUACUAUUAUUGCUUGUAUGUAUGUGAAUCAAGUCAUACACAAUCUACUUUAUUAUUAUGCCUUUCAA